AUGCAGAAAAGUGGAAGAAAAAAUACUGCUUGGUGAAAUGCGAAAAAAAGUGCUGGUGUAAAUUGCCAGACAAAUAUCAUUCAUUGCAGGGAACUGAAAUGCUGUUCAAUGAGUUUGUUGUGUAUGACGAAAAUCAGUGCCUUCCAGUGUACAUAAUAAAGUACAAGAGGAUAGGAGAACAG